AUGUUACAUAUUGGCUCUGUGGAUGUGCUUGAAAUAGUUGCAGUUCGUACAAAGCCUCUAAAGAUUGACCAUAACUCCGUCAAGGAAUAUAAACAUAUGUUUACCUUUGUCCUUGGGAUCUACACUCUUGCUGUUUCAGAGGCUUUAUCAGAAAAUUGCAAGCUUGCUUACAGUAAGAAGGGCCCUACUCCUAGGCCAAUUAAUGAUGAAGCGGCAAAAGAUGAGUUGGAGAAACUUGAGUAG